GUUAAAAGAGAUGGAGUCUAAUUCUCCAGGACCCCAUUAGUUUGGAUCAAAUACAAAUCUACGAAAUUAACCAGACAAAAUAUAAAAUUAGUCUUAAGUUAAAUAAAAUCGAGUUCUCCCAGCCUCAAAAACACUUUAUGACUUAGAGCAUAGUAAAUGCCGGAGUAAUUAGAAUGCAGCGAAGGAUGUACAAAUUUAAUGACAUAUAAAGGAAUGGUCCAGAUUUUGAAUAUUGAUGGAGAGAUUUGUCUGUUACCCAAUAACCAACUCGAAGAAAGUUGACCCUACCACAUUAAUUAAUUAAUACAUCAAUUUAUCUAAUUCCAUAAAUAUAAUCUUUUAAUUGGUGCACAGUGCAGACUUUUUUUUUUUUUUUUUUUCUCUUCCCGCACGCUGUCAUUGAUUUCUUUCUUCCGUAUAUGGCAAUGAAAUUAUAGCAUCACUAAAAGACAAGAGCUCUGCAGUCUAGGUUUCAUAUUCAUUAUUUUAAUCUGAAAUGUCAGAAAAGUUACGAGGCUCAUGCAGAUGUUUCAGACCCAAAAUGGGUGCUGUUAUUCUGCACUUGUGGAUCACCGUAUAUAUUGCUUUACUUUUAGAUUGAUUUGAUUUAGAGAUUUGAGAGAGAUGAGAAAAAAGAAAAGAUAUAAAACUUUGGCUAGCUUGUAUUGAAAGGUAAGCAAUCCAAAGUUAGAGGCUGAAAGAGAGUGCAAACAUAGACUAGUCUCUUAGGAGUUGUGUUCCUACUUUCUGGAGCGAAGCAAAAUCACUUGCUAGCUUCUCAAGCAAAAUCACUUGGAUCUUAUUCUCCCCUUCUUUUUGGGAAUUGCAAGCUCUUUAAUUUUCUACCCUUUCUCCCCCUUCUUAUAUUCCAUAAUUCAGCAAUCAUCAUGUCAUGCCUCUUGUUGUGAAGGGAGAAAGAAAGAACAUUCACAUUCAUCAUUUGCUAUAUUUUGAAAAAAGAAAAAAAAAAAUGAAAGCGAGAUUCUUUUGUUUUCUGCUAGCUCUACCAAUAGUGAGUUGGGUGUGUGUACUGGCAAAGAGGCCCUUUCCUCCAAUUGAUGUCAUGACAAUGUCUCAUCCAGGCCUCAAAGAGGCACCAGGAUCAGUGUCUUCACCACCUUAUAAUACUGAAGAGUCGGAAAAGGGUUUGGUUAUGACAGAUGUACUUAUGGAAGAAGGCGCAUAUAGAGGAGUGAGCAAGAUAGGGUCAAGUCCACCAAGUUGUGAGCACAAGUGCUAUGGUUGCACUCCAUGUGAAGCCAUUCAAGUGCCUAGCACCAGCAGAAGACGCACUCAUUUGAGAGUUCAAUAUGCAAAUUACGAGCCCGAGAGUUGGAAAUGCAAGUGUGGUCCUUCUCUUUACAGUCCCUGAAUGUCAUAUAUCUUGUUCAUUAGUUCAUACCCAUUCAACAUACUUCAUGUAUAAUCAUUGAUCAAUCAUCUUCUAUCAUCUCUGUCUCUCACCUUCAUAUUUAUUGUAACCUCCUACAUUAUUCAUUAUUCAAAGGGUUUUAGUAUUUAGUUAUAGUUGUGACUACAAUGAAAAUUGCUACUAAAUAGCACAACCUUAAUUAUCUUCCAACAUCAUGCAUUAACUCUCAUGGAACCGCUGCAAUUUUGACAGGCAUU